AUGGUCGACCCUAUAAGACGUUGUCAUUUGCAGCUCACAGUAUCUUUAUUUUAUGUGACUGCAGGGGCUAGAGUGGGUGUCCUGCGCCAGCUCCGAGGAGCUGCUUGGUCUUCGUGGCGGCACUCGAGGACACACGGGCGAGCGGAGCAAACAAUCCACGCUAAGCGCCCAGCACCGUCUACUCGAGUGUUGCGGGUGCGCCAGAAAGACAAACGUUCGGUGUCACGAAGCGCAAGAUGGCUCAUCGCUAACGCGUCCGCGGAAGCUGGUUUCUGCGCAGCGCUCUGGGUGGCGUACCGUCAACUGCAGCGCAGCCGCAAACAUGCGCAGUUGACGGCGGCCCGAUGGCUAUGGAAACGUCGCCUACGUCUUGUACCUGCUGCGUUUCCGACGUUGAAUAGGCCUGGUCGUCCGGAAAGCAACCCUACACUAACAGGACAUGAAGAAGAAGAAGAAGCUUGCCAGUUGGAUUCAGUCCCUGACAACUCACACCGACCGCGUUCCGGUGAUGCAAGGGUACAGCAUGGCUCUCUCUUCCAAACCGCAAAAGAAUAUGUCACUUUGGCGUUCUUGCUCGCCAUUGUCAGCCCCCCUUCUGUAGAGGCAAUUGGGCUUGUGCCAGCCAACGCACCUGAUUGCAUGCCAAUGGUACCAAUUGCAUUUGCGGAAGGCGGUGAGUUGACCCAUCGGUCGAUAUACCCAGAUACAGUGCUUGAGUUGAAUCCACCGUGGCAACAGCAGCGAUACAGGCGCUGGUAUGAGACCGAUAGGGUCUUGCUUGAGGAGGCGCGGCGAAUGCAUGAUCGCGAUGCAGCUGAAGCGGAGGCCAUUCAGGCAAUGCUCGAGCAUGACGUCUGGAUACCGAACGAAUCGAACGCAUAUUCAGAGGAUUCCAACACGUAUUCAGGCUCUGGCGGGCAGUCACCUGCCCUAGUUGCUGCGCAUAUUGCCAAAGAUGAAAAUUCUGCACAACCCGAAAGCCGCGAUGUAUUCUAUUGGCGUCGUCUGGGUGUCGGCGCUUUUGUGGGCACUUUUCUAUGGUGGAGUCACAUUAUGAAUGUUCGGAACUCGAACCGGGUGCGUUUGCCCAGCACCUACGACCCAGGCGCUAUCGCACAGUACUUCGCACUGAGACCUGAGCAGGUCGCCCUGCGAACAGUCUCUAUUAUUUCCGAAGCGAUAUGGUAUAUUGCUGGUAUUCAAAGAGAUCAGUUGGAGUAUCGGAUCUUCGGCAUGAAGCAACACCCAGGCGGCGAGUCGGGGCAGCGCGCGGCCGGCGCUGACGCCCCAGAGACAAUAGCGACACCAUCGCUGGCAAAUGCGACGCUUUCUCCUGGUGAGCCUGGUAUGGCAUCCUGGACGAAGGCGUUUCGUCGGCGGCUUGUGCAGAUUCCAGAAACACUCAUCUCCUCGCUGCGAAAGGAUGAGACGUUUUGGGUUUGGCGUCGCCAGCGGCGAGCCGUGCUACUGCGGCAAACACUCGAACGUCUAGGUCCGGCGUUUGUGAAGCUGGGCCAAGCGCUCGCGACUCGCCCGGAUAUUGUCGGUGAAGCAGCUGCCCGCGAACUGCAGCGCCUACAAGAUGAUCUACCUCACUUUCCGAACGAGGAGGCGUUCCGCUUCAUCCGGGCUGAAUUGGGAGCUCCUCCAAACCGGGUCUUUGACUGGAUCAGUGAUAGCCCAGUAGCGUCGGCAAGCUUGGGUCAAGUGUACAAAGCACGACUCGAUGGAGUCGAACUUGCCGUGAAAGUACAGCGACCGGGCAUCGUAGAACGAAUCGCCCUGGAUAUCCACGUCGUCCGUCUGCUGGGGCAAUUAUACAUGCGCAGUCCCUGGGCGCCGCGUACGAAUCUUGUUGAAGCAAUAGAUGAGUAUGCCAGUAGGCUCUUUGAGGAGCUGGACUACGAUCACGAAGCGAAGAACAUGCAUCGCUUCCGUCAACUAUAUGGCUCUUUGCCCGGUAUUUACGUGCCGGAGGUUUAUCCAGAGUACUCCUCGGCGCAUGUGCUCACCAUGGAGUGGGUCAAUGGUCGACGCCUGAUCGACGACACGGCAACGGUGCGUCGAGAGGAUAUUCCGCUAAUCAAGCUAGGCAUUCUCUGCUCGUUGAUGCAGCUGAUGGAGGCUGGCUUUCUGCACGCUGACCCACACACAGGGAACUUGCUCGUUACCGAGGAUGGAACGCGCUUGGCUUACCUUGACUAUGGCCUCAUGAGUGAAGUACCGCAAUCGGUGCAGCUCUCGAUAAUUUGUGCGGUUGUACACCUUAUUAAUCGCGAGUACGAACAAUUAGCAACGGACUUUUUCGGUCUGACACUCAUGCGUCGAGACGAUCUAGACACGGUGCUUCCAGAAUUUGCAGAUGCUCUUCGUGAAACCUUUGAAAGCGAGGCGAACGCGACGAAUCCCGGUGAUUUCACGCUGCAAGGCGUUGCCGAAAAGCUUCUGCGAAUGACUGUUCGCUUUCCGUUUGUGAUGCCACCUUACUUUUUGAAUAACUUGCGCGCCUUGGCCAUCCUCGAGGGUUUGGCGCUCAACGCUGACCCCUGCUUCCGCAUUAUGGACAUUAUCUAUCCGUACGUGGUUCGCCGCCUCCUGACGGACUCGUCACCGCAACUGCAGCGAGCACUGCAUGAGCUCGUUUUGACGCCCUUUGGCGAGCCUCGCUGGGAUCGCGUCGAGAAGCUCCUCGAGGAUGCCGCACGAACUGUGCCAAACAUGGGACUUGUGUCACUGGACCCGCGUCCGGUUGCCGUGCUCGAGUUGGCAGCUCGAGAGGCUGCGGAAGCAGCCCGCUCGCGACUGAACGGUACUGUAGAAGGCCAAAUGCGUGCAACCACCAGCGCAUACUUUCGACUGUCGUCACCAGAGUUGGUACUCGGAAGCGGCGCGCCUCGCUCGAGUUCUCCGGGCGAGUGGUCUGACGAACAGCGUACACCCGAUGCAUCGCUCGAGUGUCCGAAUACGGCCGUCGUCCUCGAUGAUGAACGCCGCAUGCAGCUUCUUGUGUCGUUCAUUACAUCGCCUGCAGGUGGCUUUUUACGGCGCGCUCUCGAACGUCAACUAGCGGACGACUGGAAUGAUUACAUGCAAUCGAUGCUGGACGCUGUGGAGAGGCGCCUCUGGCCUGCGGUAUUCCGAGAGAAGGAUCAGGCCGUUGCACCUACGGGGCAAGCUGAAACCAGUGGGAUUCGUCAUACGACGGUAGAGACGACAGCGACGCCCGAAGCGUCAUGCGUAUGCGAGAAGACGUCGGCCGCGGAAACUGGACCUCCUGAAGAAGUAUUGGACACAACUGAUGUAGUAGUAGUGAAGACGAAGAACGGUUCGGCAAGUCGUCGGCAUCGUUCGGGACCGCGUUUGACGGCAGCAACUGAAGAGAAUCGACGUCGCCUGUCGCAGAUUAUGACCCAUCUGCGUCUGCGGCACUGGCGAGCGAUCCUUGGACUCGUACCUGUUUUAGCGCUCUUUUACGCUCGAGUUGUCCUGGCGGUCGCUUGGCGAGUCCUCGAACGACUUGGAUUUGAUCUGGGAAUGCUUUUGAUGCUGGGAUGGCGGGCACUUGGAAACCUGCGACCACUAGCGUUAGUUAGCAGGGAUCGCUCUGCUCAGGAAACGUCCCCAUUGAUGGACGGUUCUGCAGCAGACACCGACAAUGGUCUACGUGCUGCAGCAAAGCGAUCACACAUCACGAAUGCUGCUGGCAACGGCGCUGCAGAAGCGCAGACGCUCGGUAGCGAUAUCGUUCCCAGCACCUUGAACGGACGCGUUGCCGAGGAUCGCCAAGUCACCGAUACUGCGCGGAGCCGGUCCAAUGGGGUAGCCAACUCCACGAAAUACGCACCAAACGGCGUGCAGCUGCAGCGUGCCUCAACAAGAGGCCGCCGCCGCAGCGGCGCUGUGCCGGACACCAGCACCGCGGACGACAACGACAACGAGCGCAAGCGGUCAUGA